AUGAAACAGCAGGUUAAGAUUGUUCAAAAAGAGUACAUAAAUUUCAAGAUUCAGACUGUUUGGUGUGUCGAUAGGCCCAAUUCUAAAACUUCAAAAAUAUCUCUUUUUCGUGAAAAUUCCAUCUCUCUAGUACACACUUUACCCACAUUGACUGUGAGUAGUACAACAAUUAUCCCAAAUUUAUCGUACGUUAAGUCUCGAGACUUAAAGAAUGGCUCGGUAUAUUCUGAUUCUCGUGUUCACUCUACUCUUCCUCGUUGUCUCGCCUCCGCGCACGGCGGAGAUUCCAAUUCGCCAUCAGAGAAGCCCAACUUGAGAUCUCGGUCUCUGAUUCUGGUGAAAAUAUGGUGCCUGAUACUGGUGUUUGUUGAGACUUUUGUAGGGGGGAUUUCGCCCUACUUCAUGAUGUGGAACGAGGCGUUUUUAAUAACUGGGACGCAAUUCGCUGGUGGGGUUUUUUUUUUGGGGACUGCUUUGAUGCAUUUCUUGAGUGAUUCUAAUGAGACAUUUGGGGACUUGACUGAAAAAGAAUACCCAUUUGCAUUUAUGUUGGCGAGUGCUGGAUAUUUGUUAACUAUGUUGGCUGAUUCUGUUAUUUCUUAUGUUUAUGGGAAACAGAAGAACAAUUUUGAUCCUCAAAUCCAAGGUUCUCGCAAGGAAAAAGGCUCCGUUAACGGAAUACCUUCACACUCGCAGUUGCGGGUUAUAUAUGCAUUGGAUUCAUCAAAGAAACUUGAUAGAACAGUAAGAGGGGAAUUUGAAAAAUGCAUAAUUAGGCCCCAUUUGACAGGUUCUCGCAAGGAAAAAGGCUCCGUUAACGGAAUACCUUCACACUCGCAGUUGCGGGUCAAGACCGAUACUAAAGAAAAUCUAGCUAAACAUUCCCUCACGAGUGCUACUUCACUCAGAGAUGACAUCUUGUUAAUUUUCGCACUGUGCUUUCAUUCGGUGUUUGAGGGCGUUGCGAUUGGAGUAGCCGAGACAAAGGCAGAUGCUAGGCGAGCCCUUUGGACCGUCUAUCUACACCAGAUAUUCGCCACAAUUGCAAUGGGGAUAGCUCUUCUUAGGAUGAUUCUGGAUCGUCCACUAUUAUCUUGUGUAGCUUAUGCUUUUGCAUUCGCCAUAUCAAGUCCUAUCGGCAUUGCCAUUGGAAUUAUAAUAGAUGCAACGACACAGGGAACUAUUACAGACUGGAUUUACGCGAUAUCUAUGGGUCUGGCUUGUGGGGUUUUCAUCUAUGUGUCGAUUAGCCAUUUACUGUCAAUGGGUUAUAAGCCUCAAAAAUCGGCGUCAAUCGAUAUGGCACACCGUAAGUUUCUGGUUGUGUUGUUCAGUAUUGGCGUGAUUGUCGUCAUAAUGAUUUGGGAUACUUAAGCUUCCUUUGAUGUUUCUUGAGUACAUGUAAACAUGAGUGAUAUGUAAUAUUAAAUCAAACACGGUUAAUUUCAAUUAGUUACUGUGAUAUUGAUAUUUACAAUGGAGCUCAUUGAACUUUCA